CUCAGCUGGUGGAUCAAGGCGUUUGUAAAACACAAAAAGAGAAGCCGGGUGUGGAAUCGAUCCGUAGUUCACGGUGUAGAUCGCGCUGGUUUGGUGUGUAUGCUUUAGAGGCUGUUAGUGAAGCAAGGCACUGACAGAUCAUUCAGUCGGUACCGAGGACGCCGAACAGAUCACUCACACCCGCGGAACGUCGCACUAUCGUAGCGUCAAGUGUAUCUCUCUCACGGAUCGUCACUUUUAAAAAAAUAUACCAAGUUUUAAAGUAUUUGUAUUAAUUGAACAAUUCAUUUCCUUUUAACAACAUAAGGCGAUGCUGUGUUUGAAGUUUAUAUGUGUUUGAGUUUGAUCUUGUGUUGACGGGAUAUACCUUCUUAGUGAAUCUGUGAUAAAUAAAUAAAAUAUACGCAUGGAAGUGUGAUACCUACCGCCAGUAUGGGAUGUAGGCAGACCAAAGAGACACCGUGUGUUACGGAAAUCACCGAGUUCGACCCCCUCACGGAUAACGGGGUAACCACGAUCCCUAGUGUGGACCCACGUCUGCCCCUAAAUGCCCGACAGGUAUUCAAGCUUAAACAGUCAUGGAAAGGUAUUAAGCGGAAGAUAGCGGAGACAGGAGUCGAGAUGUUCGUUAGGUUGUUUAAAUCGAAUGCCGACCUGAUGGCAAUAUUUGAUAAGGUCACGAACAUAGAAUCAGAGGACGAACUACGUCAGAACGAGUACCUAGAGCAGCACGCGACUCUCGUGAUGACCACACUGGACGAGGCCAUCACCAAGAUAGAUGAUUACGACCAUGUGAAGAACCACCUCAACAGGACAGGGGCCACACACCAGCGAUUCGAUGUCUUCCGGUCGGAAAACUUCCGGAAAAUCCGGGAGCCGUUCAUUGAAGCAGUGAAGAUAACGCUCGGGGACCGAUAUACCGACUACAUGGCAAACGUUUAUGAGAUCACUAUUGACUUUAUCCUGAAGGCUCUUGAGGAUGGUUUUCUCGAUAACAACAACCCUGUCGAGCAAAAAAUCAUAGUAACUGAUCACUCGACAGAACAACCUGAAGUGACAAAAAUAGAACAUUGUCGUGUGAACGAUGUCACAAAUAAGGAACAAGCGAAGACAUGAAAACAAUUCGAAAAGCAAUAAUAGGAAUCGAGAACAACUUCAUUUAGUAACUAUUAAGAGAGAGUGCAUAAACACGAACUAGUGAAAUGGUUGAAAAGGUUGUGUGAUGUCAUACUGAGGUGAAACAUCACGGAAUGCCUUCACCAUUAAAUACCGGAAUCCUGUGGUGUGACAAUUCUGACAAGAGGGGAGACAACUGCGUAUGCAUGCUUCUACACGUGUGAAGAUUAUACACUGAUAUCUUAUAGAACCUUCGUGUCGUAUCCGAAUUAAUAUAUUCAGAAUAUGUAUAUAUGUGUACAUCUACAUCAAUUUCAUUUGUCAUAUUUUUUCAUUCAAUUUUUUGUUGGUAAAACGCCUUAUAUCAGAGCCAACGAUAGCAAGACUUAAUAAUUCGUUUAUAACAUUUCGCUCAGUGUUAAAUAAUGGCAGCAUGAGGUCUGAGGGCGCGUAUCAGGUUCUGGUCGUGUGGAGAAAUUCAAGGGUUUGAUUAGAAUUUGUACAUAUAUGUAGCAAUUUCUUCUAUACCUAGAUAGAUGACAGGGAACUUCUUAACACCGGGUUGUACUCUCACUUGUAUUUAUCCACUGCUGCGCUCUUUGGCUUUAGUUUGUUUACAUCGUGUAUCCAUGUUUCUGUUUUGAAUGAUCUGGUCAGUUGUCUUAUCAACUGUUUAGGCGUUUUUUUGGAUAACAUAAUACUUAUCUUUGAUUUUGUCCUUGUCGUUAAAGUCUGUUUAAUUCAGGACAAAUAUGAAAAAAUUCAAUUUCGACACGGCCAUUGUAAGCCCACAAUGAAUAAAUAAGUAUGCAAUUGAAAAAAAUAUCGUAUUACGUUUUCGUCUUAAGAACGUGAGGAUUUGUCAAUACCAUUUGCAUGACGUCAUAAUCAAGUCAGUAAAGAUGAUGAUAUAAGUUUACGUUGGCUGCGUUAUAGAUAUGCCAAUACCUUUGAAAUCAGUACAUUGUGUUUAAUAUUUUCUUUUUAUUGUUGGUAGUGAGUUUAAAAAGAGCUGCCUAUUUAAACGGUAUGCCUUUUAACGUCAUCAACACAAUAAAGAACAUCAUACGAAAUUAUUCAAAAACAAAAUCGACAUUUAUUGUUUUCAUUGCUAUCAAAUCAUCUAAUCGUUCAUUAUAAAAUUGUGAGUGAAUUCUAAUAUAUAUAGUGCACUUUAAAACGAUGAUACAUUAAACUGCAUGGCCUUGUUGUUUUACAUGAAAAGUCAUAGAGUGCCAAGGUCAUUAUCAGCAGCCACGGUCAUUCCACUGUAAAUACACACAUUAAACGUGUGAUACGUUCUCGGUUAUUGUUCUCAUCCUACGCGACGCCUAAUUAGAGGUCGGUAUAACAAUCCGGACUCAGGAGUUCGAAGCCCGAUAAUAAAUGUAGCAUGUUAAAGCAAACCAUUCAUCAAGUUUAAAUAAUAACAGGAAUUCCAAACUAAAAUUACACGUAUAUAAAUUUUAGAUGAUUAUAUAUAUAAUUAUCUAAAUACCAAAGACAAAAUUAAAAAAAAAAUCAAAAAAAAAAAUCAGACAAUUCUUAAAAAUUACAUUUGAUAUUUUUAUUUAGGAUUUACAUGUAAUGAUCUGAUUAUCAGGCUUUAACCAACCUGUUAUUUUGUUUUUUGUUUGUUUACCUGAAACUAUAAAAAUCUUCAUAAAAAUGAUAUUGCUGAAUUCAUAUUGAGAUAGUCGUGUUGGUCGAAUUCGAGCAUCAUGGGAAACUGUUCUCCAAAAUUAAAACGAAUGGCGGAUGAAAUUAGCGAUGAAAUUUAAUUUUCUAUCAUGAUCGUAUUUGUUGUGCGAAUUGACACGUUUUAUAUUUGAUGUGCAUGUGAAACGUUCGAUUGCAUCAGCAUCAUAAUAGUUAUAUUGAAACUAAGCCAACUUGGCGUCUCGUCCACUUUUAAAACAGCUAAUGCGUUACGUCACAAUAAAGUAUCAUGAAAAUAGACGAAAUAUUGUGAAUUUUCGAAAUCGUCCAUUACACAAGCCAAAAAUAGAACGGUUAGAUGUACUAUUUCUGUCAGCCACAUUAAAUCCUAUGUCAUUCAUGUAUGACGUCAGAAUCAGUGUUAACAGACGUCACUCAGCGGUACAAUCAAAGUCAAUAAAGGGAUCAUCAACGUCGUACUUUGUGUUUAUAUUGACAAUCAGCUGCCAGCACAACCAGCGACCAACCUAAGGACAACGGUUCAACGGCCAUUCAACGCAGUUGCAUGGAUUUAUAAAUUGCGGAGCCAGGGGGAUAGAUCAUGAAAAUCGAGGACGAGUCUUUGGUUUCCGCCUUAUUACGACCUUGUGGGCGUUCGACUGUUGUGUUUACGAGACUUGAUACCUGUCAGAGGGCGUCACAGGAAGUGUCAUCAAACGUCACCGUCCAACACGAAUGCUUAUCGAUCGUCCCGCUAAUCCCGUCACGACACCUUUGAACAUUUCAACUUGAAUCUAUUUGCUAAUUUAUGUUAUUUAUGUUAUAAACAUCAUAUUAUUUAAUUGGGGUUAUCUUUCUUGGUGUAGAUUUUUCCUAUGCCCAUGCGUAGAAACCCUACCAUAGCAACGAAACUGUGUUGUUAUGAAAAAAUAGCUAAAAUAGUUUUUUUGGCUCAGUAAACUUGCAAAAUUGAAAGCCUCCGCAUCUGACAAACACAAAUUCCUUUCUACGAAUUAACACUGGUAUAACAAUGUUUAAGCAUGUCAAAAAUUUAUUUGUUUGUUGCAUGCGAAGGUUUUCAAAGAUUGAAGAGUUUUUUGUUAAUUUCCUUCAAAAUGGCCAAUUUUCAACCAGAUAGCGCACCACAGACGACAUUAUCGUAUUUUAUUUUGAAAAUGCGCGUUUUUGUCUCUCUUUGUAAUGCCAUAUCUCCUAAACCAGUUGUCGGAUGAAUUUGAAAUUUCAUAUUUGCGUACUACAUUUAUUCUAGAUUACGAAUAGAACAAUUAAUUAUAAAUCCCCGAUGAGGCCGGAAAUGACCCUUCAAGCCCCUAGUCCAAAUUUGUUUAUGUCUACCGAGGCAUAGAUCGAAAUAAAAUUGCGCUGUACGGAUUCAUCCAGUGUGUACAUCCUUACAAUUAGAAUUCUCCGCCACUAUACCUGUCCUCAUGCCGGUUUCCAUUGAUAGUACAAACCGACGUUAUUGGCUCAACUGAAUAUGUAACGAAAAAGUCUUUUAUAAUGCUAGACAAUCACUGUCGAAUUGAAUUAUACUUGAUAUUUUUUUGUUUAUAAAUACAUAUAUGAUUUGUUUUAUUGAGACGCUACCCUUUUUUUCAUCCAAGAAAGCUCACAACUGAUCAAUGUAAUAAUCAUGAUGUACAUACCAGUUGCAUUGUUCAGAAGCGGAUCCAAGGGGUUUCCGGUGCUUCUACAAGUCUUCAUCGUGUCUGCCGUUAAAAACAUCACGUAUUUGUUCUCAUUUGGAAUCAAGGUAUUUUUUUUUGUACGGAAUUCUGAUAAAACCUGGUCAACAAGAGAGCCAAAUCUAAUUAAAAUGAACGACAAAAUAACAAUGGUAAUACGAGCUGAACUAUUGAUCGCAUAGAGCGUUGGCCGACGUAGCUAAGAAGAUGUAACAGACAAUGUUACCGUACAGGUAUCACAAUGUAUCAUCUGUUCAUUAGAUCUAAUUUGGUCGCUGCGUAUUAUUAAUCAAAAUGUCGCUGUUCGAUUAUCACUGAUGUCACGACACGUAUUAUAUCAAGCUCGGAUUCAAUUCAAAACGCAUUCAUUACUUCAAGUAAUGCAACAGAAUAAAAAGUUAACACAUAAACAACAAACAGAUCCCUUCCAGGCCUACUCAUGGACGUGUAGAGAGAUAUCUCGCACGGCGUAUGGAUAAUAAACUGAAUAAUACAUAUUGUUUACUUUAUAUUAUAAAAAACAUUUUAUGUAUUGCUUGACAGACACUUUAAUAAGUCUACUUAGCUUAUGGAGUUUUAAAUCCUUCUUUGAAAAUUAUCGGUAAUUUGUCUUGUUCCUUUUUCAAUUCCCAAGACUAUCCCUGCCAAAUGCAAUUCGUAUAUAUAAUGCUAUCAAAUGAUACACGCAUUGUGCAGACAAUUUUUGAUAAAAUUCUUGUAUACGUUGUUUACAAUUGUCUGUGUUGUGUAAAUUUACGUAAUUCUACAUAAGUUAAUAUAACGGUAAGAUAAUCAAACACAUAGACUACAUUAUAACCAAUUAAUCGUUCGUUGUCUUUCAAAUAAACACCAUUAUCAAAUCCCACAUCUUCGUAUAAUUUCAAAGCAGGUCCUACAUCUUUUGAACGCCUUUUUUGAGUUAUGUUAAAAUGCCAUCGGCGUCAACAAAUGAAACAAAACAUGAUUUCAAUAAGAUGGAUUAUUUUUCUAAAUGUAUUGAAUUUAACAAUAAUUGCGACAGAAUGAAAAUAAAAUAGGCCACACAAGUCGUCCUUGAUGCAAUCCUUUAUCACAUGUCAAACAAGCUUGACAAUUUUCCAUCUUAUUUUCACACAACACUUCCCAUUUUAUGUAUUGAUUUUUCUAUGGUUGUCAUUUUUCCUUCACUGAUAAUUUUACAGUGUACAUGUAUAAUAGGCUUUAUCGAUUUUCAAUUUCAAACGUCUUUUCCUUAUUAACGGAACUGCAAUACUAGAGAUUUUGUUUUGUGUGGUAUGGGGUCAAAUUGAUAGAACUGUGAGGGAAAGUGGGGUCAAAAGAAGUACUAUAUGUUCACAAAAACUCAACAAUAGAAAUUCCAUAGAAUAUUUCAGAAAAAGAUAUUAGAAUGGUCAACAAACGAGAGUUACAUUGUAGGACUAUAACUAUUUACAUAAUCUCCCUGUUUAAAAACCAGUGACAAAUCGUCCAAAGUCCGCAGACGAAGAUAUGACCGGAAACGAAUACAUUGAUAAUGCAUGGUAACAAUAUAGUCGAGUUCCCACAAUGGGGUCCCGUGACCAAUUUCCCCGUUGCCCUCCAGCUGAUGUAUAACAUACGAAGAAUAAAUAACUACAUCUGUAUCCUCGGCAUUUAUUACGGAUGUCCCCAUUUUUUCCUGCUUUUCGGAUUCGAGAGUAUAUGCAGAACGGGUUUAUGUUCGCAUUCGAAUUUGCCUAUACUUUCACCCGAGGAGGUAUUCCAACAUGUUCGCCUGGUGGAGUACCCAAAAUCAUUUUUUGUAUAUUUCUUUGCAUUUUGUUGAACUCAUCCAUUAAAAACCGGUUUCAGCCAUUGUUUGUUUCCUUAAUUGCUAAGCAGGACUUGAAAGUCCUUUGUGGCGGGAAAACUUAUCAGAUGUACACAUUUCUGGACUUGCCUCUAUAUAUAUGCUGCUUUGGUUGAACGCCGCUUAUGCACACCAUCUUUAUGGAGGUUUCUACAGCAUAUCAUUAAUAACUUUCAUGGUUAUUAGUGAUUUAAAUACUUUCAUUCUCCUAUACAAGUAUUUGCGAUAAUAAUUCGUCUGUAUCGUCAUUGCAGAUAUUUUUUUCUGGAACAGCCCUACGUCACCUUUGUCCAAAAUGUUUGCUUUGUACGAUGGUCAUAUUAUGCAAGGCUAUAAAGGAACAUAACACUGACACUGACCCCACUGCGUUCAUAUCCAUUUGAAAGUAGUUUCUUCUGGUAGAGUCUGUAGAAACGACCUAGCAGCAGAAAUGUGAAAUAUAUGCAAAUACACUGUUAACACUAUGUUAACAUCUAGUGGUAACGUUAUUUACAAUCUGUGAAAAAUAUUGUACGCUACACAGUUUUUCAUAUGUAUAUAAAAUAUACAUGUAAUAUAAUUAAACCGAUUAAAUGUAUAU